AUGGUACUUUCCUUUCUUGCACCAGCCUGCACUCCUCUUGCAUACGCUGCUUCUCAUCGGAAUGUCUCCCUGCCAUUGCUGUUGCUCUUCAGAUACUUGGCCAACAACCAUCUGAGUGGCACUCUGCCAGCUGCCAUCAGCCAACUGGAGAAUCUUGAACAGAUCUGGUUGGACAACAACAACAUUGAAGGCCCUCUGCCACCUGGCAUGUGCUCGCUGCCCUGGCUGUGGCGCCUUGAUGUGAGCGGCAACAGUCUGUAUGGGCGCAUCAACCGCGACUUCAAGAACAUGCUGACGACCAGCGGCGGUGCCCUCGUUCGCACCUUCGACAACAAAGCGGGGGAUGACAAUGCCCUCGUCAACUUGGCUCACAACUUCUUCUUUGGAGAUGGGGUGCUCUUUGCUGCUGGCUGCAAGGUCUGCCCCACUGAGAUCAACGAGCCCAACAACCUGGGCAUAAGGGACAGCUUUGCAUGGCAAGAGUUUGGUGGCAAGUGCGGCAGUCUUGCUCUCGUGGAUGAGCGGGGCAAGACAGCGAGGGUGAGUCUGUCGGGCAACUGCCUGACUCUCACCCCGAGCAGCAAGUGCUCGGUCAACGCCACCCAGCGCAGCACGGUAGCCUGCCAGGCGUUCUGCAGCAUCACAGACAACGGCCCGUGUGACGGCCAUGGGGCGUGUGUGCCGGCUGCCCCCGCCUCCCCCUCCAGCUUCACGUGCCUCUUGUCGUCUCUGUCGACGGGUGCCAUAGUGGGCAUUGUGCUGGGCAGCUUUGCUGGCUUCACGCUGUUGGCUUCUAUGGUCGCAUGGCUGCUGUGGCCCCGCGGACAGAAGAAGUGGGAGGGGUUGGACGUGUGUGAGCAGUUCUCGCUGCAGCAGAUGCUGAGUGCCACCAACAACUGGUCGGAGGACAAUGUGCUGGGCAAGGGUGGAUUUGGCGUUGUCUACAAAGGCCGCUCGCCACAAGGGCAGCUGUGGGCCAUCAAGCGCUCCACCAUCAUGACCAACGACUUUGAAACGGAGGUGCGAGCCAUGGCCUCUCUCCACCACGUGCAUCUCGUGCGCCUGCUGGGCUUCUGCCUGGACCAGAACGUGGAGACGGGCAAGCAGGAGCAGAUCCUCGUGUACGAGUUUAUGGCCAACAGGGACCUCGAGUACCAUAUCCACAGGACCAAGCGUCCACUCUCGCUGCGCCAGAGGUUAUGCCCAGCUAUGAAGCUGGUGGAGACAUAUGAGGUGGAGGAGCUGAGGGACAGCAAGAUGCCGGCAGUAAGUGAGGAGGCCAUAGUGGACUUUGCAGACCUGGCUCUGGACUGCAUCAAGUCUCCCGGCACACGGCGACCCACCAUGAAGGAUGUGGCAUACCGCCUCAGUGCCCUCAUUGACAAGCACUGCCCUGACGAGGAGGAUGAGUGGGAGAAUGUUGUGACAGAAGAAGGGACAAGCAACCAAGGGAUGCCUUCUGAGUUGUGUGGAGGUGGAGGGAGGGAGCCUGAGAGGUCUCAUGGCUCACAGUCUGGUGUGAUCUCAUUCACGGGUACUUUCUCCAUGACUGAUAGCCUCAAGAGCUGGCUGCAAUUGAAGCCAUCCAUAGGGCGUUGA